AUGGAUUUUUGGCAACGUUUGAUAGCGGGCACCUCGCUAGCGCCGGCUAGCAGUAAAGUUACAUUAAACAAUCCAGAGAAACGUGUAGCUAGGUUUAAGAGGGAGUAUAACCGUCUUUUGCAACUAUGGCGCGCUGCCACGAAUCUGGCUCGAGAUUAUGAAGCAGCAGAACAAAUACGAAUCUGUCUUUCCGAAAUCACUCGAGUGCUCAGCGAUGAGUCUCGCCGUCCUUUACCACAUCCUUGCAUAGCUUUCGCGGCGGAAAAACAAAUAUACAUCUCGAUUGGGAAGAUAGCUACAACGUCUUACAAUGAGGGGGUCAUUAGGGAGGCGGUAUCUCUCUUCGCUGCAUUGCUUGAUAGUGAGGAGGAGAAUUUUGUCGAGAAUGAUGUGUUUGCCAAGAGUCUGAUGAACUUGCUGAUUAAAAUCACCGGAUCGAAUAAUAUCCAUCUGGGCUCGGAACUGGCGGUAGAGGUGGUGGAGUUGUCAUUCAAUAUUACGACGAAGAUUAGACUUGAUCCGGAGAUCUUGCCGGUUUGGUUUACUUCACAACGAAGGGAUGAGGAUUCUGCAAAAGGAUAUACUGCGGAUCCGCAUGAGAAGUUUGCCGGGAAGACGCAUAAGGAGGAUUUUCAACUAUUUUAUCUGCUGAUUGAUUACAUACAUGAAGAAGGGAGGUGUGGGGAUUUCGCAAGGACGGGUCUUCUUUACAUUAUUGAGGCGGCUUCGAAUGAUGUGGCGUUGGAGCAAUGGAUAGUUGAGAGUGAUUUGGCUACUCUUAUGGCUACGGGUCUGGGUGCGCUAUACAGUCAGCUCAGUCGAAAACUUGUCAUCGAUCAUCCCCCGGACGCAUUACCUCCUGUCCUAGCACUUUCCGAUUAUCGACAUCCUCUAACCACACAUGAGAUUGUGAGCUCAGUCGAUGAGGACUAUCAAUCACACAUGGAAACUUUUCUCUCACAUUUGGUCUUCUGGCAGGAUGUUCUGAAUCAUUGCAAGUCCAUGGAGGUUAAACAGACACUUCUGGAGCACUUUCAGGUCAUAUUCCUACAACAAUUACUUUAUCCUUCAUUACUCGAAUCUUCAGAUGUUGAUGGAGGUUCUUCGGUUGCAGUUCUGACAUAUUUAAGACGUAUUCUGGAAUCUUUGGAUCAUCCUGAUAUGAUUCAUCUUAUACUUCACUACCUCCUUGCUUUACCUGAAACUACACCAGCCCCUUCAGGAUCGAAAGCAUCAGUGAGCGCAGCGAGGAAACGAAAAUCUUUAGAUCUUGCAACCUUAGUGGCUUUACAGGUAGAAGGGGGUGCACCUGCAUUAUACAACCUGGUGGAUCUUAUUUUAGGAAGUCUUCGAUCAGAGAGUUCACAGACUGUAACAGUCACUUUACAGCUUGUGUCUGUUAUUUUGAAACGACAUCAUCGAUAUGCUGUAACUACACUACUUCGAACCGGUCAGGUAUUAAGUGAUGGACCGCAACGUUCCAUUGCGGCUCAUGAAAGAGAAAUUGAGUGCCUACUCACAAUGGCUGAAGAUCUGGGUGGCGAUGAUAGCUUCAAUGAAGUUUAUGAAAAUCAUGUCAAAGAUAGUAUGAACACUUUGGAAAGUCACAAUUGUUCUAUAGCACUUGUUGCGCCUAAAUCAACCGGCGGAACGUCGAAAUUCCCAGGUUCACAAGCAACAAUUCCCGGUGCCCCGAAAGAUAUUCGACCACAUACUUUGAGACCUGAAGAUCCUGUUCUUAUGAUUCUACUCGAUAUUUUAUCGACAUUUUUCAUAAAUUCCGUCGAAACAAAUCUUUCAUUGACAGCUGCGAUUAUUGAUUUGGCAACAUGUGGUUUUAUGAGUGUGGAUGGAUGGCUCUUACCUGACCCUUCAAAAUAUGUAUAUGAAGAAUCCGAAGAAGGAAGAACAGAUGAAAUUAUGGAUGAUCUUUUUCUUGCUAAUGUAGGAGAUCCGGACGAGAUUCUAGAGAAAGCACAGAUUCGUGCUCUUAAACUAACGCAACGUCGUCUCAAAUGGUCAGAAACUCCAAAACCAGAAUUACUUACCCGACUCGAUAUGCUCGUCGAUCAAGUUAACAGUUAUCGUAACGAAAUUCCUCGUUUCGAAGAUAUCCUCCAACAACGUCGAGAUGCUUUCCAACAAGCGGCAUCCAUGUCGACUCCAGUCCGUCAUCGACCCAGAAGUCAACGCGAUUCAUCCACCCACCGAGGAUCACCUCCUCGUCAAUCCGCCCUCGAUAAAGUUGCCCAACGCAUCUUCUCCGGUGACUUCACGCCCUCUCGGUCGGAUACUGCACAAGCUCGCGGCCGUCCUUCAAAUCCUGAUCGUGAACAGAGAAGCACAAGUGGUAGUCAUGGUUUAUCUACUCCAAUUAAUAAUACUUUGAAUCCACCGUCUCAAUUCCCUAUGGGCGUUGAAUCACCUAUUAGAGGUACCUCGCAAUCGAGAAGUCAUGAUGAGGAUACGAAUAGACAGUCGAGAAUUCUUUUGCCCAUUCAAACAGCGGCAUUUUCGGCUAUUGAUCAGGGGAUCUUGAACCGAAUGGUGGGAAUUCCAAAACCUUCGAAAAAAGAUGUUGUGGCACCAAUACCAUUUCCGGAUCUUAGGAAAUCAAAAACUGAGGAAAGAGAUACGGAGGUGUCGGAAACGACGGAUGGAGCGGUGGAAAGUAAAACUCUGGUGGAGAAUUUUGAGAUGGAAAGUAGUGGGACUGAGGGUAGUAAGGAUUCGAAGGGGAAGACGGUGGAUGGGGAGGAAGUAGAGGAUAAGAAGGAGGGGGAUGGUGAUGGAGAGGUAAAGGAGGAGGGUGGCGAUGAAGAGUUAAAGGAUCCUAGUGUAGAAGCAGAGGAAGUUGAUGCGGAAGAAAAAGAGGAUAAGAAAGUUAGCGAGUUUCUAUUGGAGUUGGCGGCGUUGGUGCAAGUUAGAGCGGAGAAGAAGGAAGAUAGAGAGAGAGAGAAAGGGCGAUGGGAGGUUUGGGGUGGCGGGGAAGGUGAAGAGAGAGAAAGAGAUAGAGAUAGAGAUAGAAGAAAGUAG